ACAUUUUUAAGCUGACGAUUCAAAAAAACACCAGUGGAUUGCUUUAAACUGGUAAAAAUGAAUCCAGCAAUAGCUAUAGCGUUCGUCUUCAUAGGAUGCUGUAGUAACAUGAUAUUCCUUGAGUAUUUAAUUAGUGCUUUUCCAACUUCUGGGAAUCUGAUAACAUUCUCACAGUUCUUAUUCAUUUCCUGUGAGGGCCUCAUCACUACUUCCAAGUUUUUCACAGUUACCCCCAAGAUACCUCUCAGGCAGUAUUUUGGCAUGGUGGUGUACUUUUUCCUAGUCCAAGUGGCAAACAAUGCAGCCUAUAUGUUCCGUGUUUCUAUACCUCUACAAAUGAUAUUCAGAGCAGGUUCCAUGAUCCCCAGUUUGAUGCUAGGUGUACUCAUCCUGAAAAGAAAGUAUUCAAAAGCAAAAUAUUUGUCUGUUGCCUUGGUUACAGCAGGUAUUGCCAUUUGUACAAUAACCUCAGCUCAACAAGAGGUCAAAUAUGUACACGAAGAUAAGGAGUUAUCUAAAGACCCCGAGACAGAGGCUGAAAAUGUAUUCAAGGAUCUGGUGUUGUGGACUUUAGGUCUGGUGAUGUUGACUGUGGCCUUGUUCCUGACGGCAGGAAUGGGGAUCCUUCAGGAGAAGAUUUAUGGCCAGUACGGAAAACACCCCAAAGAAUCUCUCUUCUAUAAUCACUUUCUUCCUCUACCAGGAUUUGUCUUUCUAGCUUCUGAUAUUUGUCAUCAUGUGUCACUUUUUAAUCAAACAACCCCAGUCAGUUUAGGCCUGGGAUUUUCUCUCCCUCAGAUGUGGCUCUUUCUUGCAGGCAAUAUACUUACCCAAUACAUCUGUAUACGGAGUGUGUUUAUCUUGACGACGGAGUGUACGGCCUUAACAGUCACCUUAAUCGUCACUUUAAGGAAGUUUGUCAGUUUGAUUCUCUCCAUAUUUUACUUCAACAAUCCUUUUACUUCCCUUCACUGGAUUGGAACCAUUUUAACUUUUAUUGGGGUCAUGUUAUUUACGGAAAUUGUCCAUAUACCGGGGCUAAUGCCAAAGAAGAAGACCGAAUAAGUAUUAGUAUUGGUAUUUAAAAUUAAUGUGUCAUUGAAUGUAUUUAUGAGUGGAAAAAUUGGUUUAUUCUAUCUAGUUGUUUUGAAUUAGAUUUAUUUCACUUGGGUAUGAUUUAUGGGUUUGUAUUAAUGAAUGUAUUAGGAAUUCAAAAGCUUGUCAAAUUUUUUUUUUUAUUAUUUAUUUCAACUGAAGUACAAUACAUUAUACAAAAAUGAAUGUACAUAGAAAUGGAAAGCUUUAAUGAUUUUGUCCCUUUGUUUUAAUUUCUUUUCACCUUGUGUAGCAUUAGGUAUACAUGAAUUAAUGUACAUGUGUUUAGAGAGGUAAAGCUUAUAUGAUUUGUCCAAUUUUAAUAAUUUUUAUAGCUAGCCUAGAUCUAUAUGUGGGUAUUAUUUACAGUUUGCUUUAUCACAAGUAAUUCCUGAGGCUCCUUUAAAAAGUUAAUUGCACUAUGACGUAAAAUUUACAUAAAUCCAGUAUUAUUGGUCAGUCUUGCACUACACUGAUAAGAAUUACAUUGUAAAUUUCUUGAGCCAACCUAAGAGAUCA